CCCAUCCGGCCCGCGACGCUCCGCCCGCCCCGUCCCACAUGACACCGCCUCCGCCGCAAACUUUUUCCUCCCCAUCCUGUCGCGGCUCGAAAGGAAUGGAAAAUGGCGGCCUAGGCGCGGAGUUUCCUGGCGGAGCAGCGGCGGCGGCCAUCGCGGCGGCCCGGGGCGCAGGGGCCCGGGGGCGCCAUGACGCGCUGGGUGCCCACCAAGCGGGAGGAGAAGUACGGCGUGGCUUUUUAUAACUAUGAUGCCAAGGGAGCAGACGAGCUCUCGUUACAGAUAGGGGACACUGUGCACAUCUUGGAAACAUACGAAGGGUGGUACAGAGGUUACACCUUAAGAAAAAAGUCUAAGAAGGGUAUAUUUCCUGCUUCAUAUAUUCAUCUUAAAGAAGCUAUAGUGGAGGGAAAAGGGCAACAUGAAACGGUCAUUCCAGGCGACCUGCCGCUCAUACAGGAGGCCACCACGACACUCCGCGAGUGGUCCACCAUCUGGAGGCAGCUCUACGUGCAAGAUAACAGGGAGAUGUUUCGAAGUGUGCAGCACAUGAUCUACGAUCUCAUCGAGUGGCGAUCGCAGAUUCUUUCUGGAACCCUGCCCCAGGAUGAGCUCAAAGAACUGAAGAAGAAGGUCACUGCUAAAAUUGAUUAUGGAAACAGAAUUCUUGAUUUGGACUUGGUGGUGAGAGAUGAAGAUGGGAACAUUUUGGACCCAGAACUAACGAGCACGAUUAGUCUCUUCAGAGCUCAUGAAAUAGCUUCUAAACAAGUAGAGGAAAGAUUACAAGAAGAAAAAUCUCAAAAGCAGAACAUAGAUAUUAACAGACAAGCUAAGUUUGCUGCCACCCCUUCUCUGGCCUUGUUUGUCAACCUCAAGAAUGUGGUUUGUAAAAUCGGAGAAGAUGCCGAAGUGCUCAUGUCUCUCUACGAUCCUGCGGAGUCCAAAUUCAUCAGUGAAAACUACCUGGUUCGUUGGUCAAGUUCAGGAUUGCCCAAAGACAUAGACAGAUUACAUAAUUUGCGAGCUGUUUUUACUGACCUCGGAAGCAAAGAUCUGAAGAGGGAGAAAAUCAGUUUUGUUUGUCAGAUCGUCCGCGUGGGUCGCAUGGAGCUGAGGGACAACAGCACCAGGAAGCUGACCUCGGGCUUACGGCGACCGUUCGGAGCAGCCGUGAUGGAUGUAACAGAUAUAAUAAAUGGAAAAGUAGACGAUGAAGAUAAACAGCACUUCAUUCCCUUUCAGCCGCUCGCGUUGGAUGACGCCAUUCGACACAAGCCGCUGAACAUGUCAUCCCGUUUUUCACCCAGGGUGGCAGGGGAGAAUGACUUCCUUCAGACUGUUAUAAACAAAGUCAUUGCUGCCAAAGAAGUCAACCACAAGGGCCAGGGUUUGUGGGUAACAUUGAAAUUGCUUCCUGGAGAUAUCCAUCAGAUUAGAAAGGAGUUUCCUCAUUUAGUGGACAGGACCACAGCUGUGGCUCGGAAAACUGGGUUUCCGGAGAUAAUCAUGCCUGGUGAUGUUCGAAAUGAUAUCUAUGUAACAUUAGUUCAAGGAGAUUUUGAUAAAGGAAGCAAAACCACAGCGAAGAAUGUUGAGGUCACAGUGUCGGUGUAUGACGAAGAUGGAAAACGACUGGAGCACGUGAUUUUCCCGGGUGCUGGUGAUGAAGCGAUUUCAGAGUACAAGUCUGUGAUUUACUACCAAGUAAAACAGCCACGCUGGUUUGAGACUGUUAAGGUGGCCAUUCCCAUUGAGGAUGUUAACCGCAGUCACCUUCGGUUUACCUUCCGUCAUAGAUCAUCACAGGACUCCAAGGAUAAAUCUGAGAAGAUAUUUGCACUAGCAUUUGUAAAACUGAUGAGAUAUGAUGGGACCACUCUGAGGGACGGAGAGCACGAUCUGAUCGUCUAUAAGGCCGAAGCGAGGAAGCUGGAAGAUGCCGGGACGUACCUGAGCCUGCCGUCUACGAAAGCAGAGUUAGAGGAAAAGGGGCACCUGGCGAUGGGGAAGAGCAUGCAGAGCCUCGGGAGCUGUACCAUCAGCAAAGACUCCUUCCAGAUCUCCACUCUCGUGUGUUCCACCAAGCUCACCCAGAACGUGGACCUCCUGGGCCUGCUCAAGUGGCGUUCGCACACCAGCCUGCUGCAGCAGAACCUGCGGCAGUUGAUGAAGGUCGACGGUGGCGAAGUGGUGAAGUUCCUCCAGGACACCUUGGAUGCCCUCUUCAACAUCAUGAUGGAGAACUCCGAGAGCGAGACUUUUGAUACAUUAGUGUUUGAUGCUCUGGUAUUUAUCAUUGGACUAAUUGCUGAUAGAAAAUUUCAACAUUUUAAUCCUGUUUUAGAGACCUACAUUAAGAAACACUUUAGUGCAACUUUAGCCUACACGAAGCUGACCAAAGUGUUAAGGAACUACGUGGACAAUGCCGAGAAGCCGGGCGUCAGCGACCAGCUGUAUAAGGCCAUGAAAGCGUUGGAGUACAUCUUCAAGUUCAUCGUGCGCUCCCGGAUACUGUUCAACCAACUCUAUGAAAACAAAGGCGAGGCCGACUUCAUGGAGUCCCUGCUGCAGCUCUUCCGCUCCAUCAGCGACAUGAUGAGCAGCGUGUCGGAUCAGACCGUCAGGGUGAAGGGGGCGGCACUGAAAUACUUGCCAACGAUUGUCAACGAUGUGAAACUGGUGUUUGAUCCCAAGGAGCUCAGCAAAAUGUUUACUGAUUUCAUCCUCAAUGUUCCCGUGGGUUUGCUGACCAUUCAGAAGCUGUAUUGCUUGAUUGAAAUCAUUCACAGUGACCUCUUCACACAGCAUGACUGCAGAGAGAUCCUGCUUCCUAUGGUGACGGAUCAGCUCAAGUACCAUCUGGAGAGACAGGAAGACCUGGAGGCCUGCUGCCACCUGCUCAGUGACAUCCUGGAGGUUCUGUACAGGAAGGACGUGGGGCCAACACAGAGGCACGUCCAGAUAAUCAUGGAGAAACUCCUCCGGACAGUCAACCGGACCGUCAUUUCCAUGGGUCGGGAUUCCGAACUCAUUGGGAACUUCGUGGCUUGUAUGACAGCGAUUUUACGACAAAUGGAGGAUUAUCAUUAUGCUCAUUUGAUCAAGACUUUUGGGAAAAUGAGGACUGAUGUUGUGGACUUCCUGAUGGAAACAUUCAUCAUGUUUAAGAACCUCAUUGGGAAGAAUGUCUACCCUUUCGACUGGGUGAUAAUGAACAUGGUGCAGAAUAAAGUCUUCCUGCGAGCAAUUAAUCAGUAUGCAGAUAUGCUGAACAAAAAAUUUCUGGAUCAAGCCAGCUUUGAGCUACAGCUGUGGAACAACUACUUUCACCUGGCUGUGGCUUUUCUCACACAAGAGUCCUUGCAACUGGAGAAUUUUUCAAGUGCUAAGAGAGCCAAAAUCCUUAACAAGUAUGGAGAUAUGAGGAGACAGAUUGGUUUCGAAAUCCGAGACAUGUGGUACAACCUUGGUCAACACAAGAUAAAGUUCAUUCCAGAAAUGGUCGGUCCAAUCUUAGAAAUGACACUGAUACCUGAGACGGAGCUGCGCAAAGCUACCCUCCCCAUCUUCUUUGAUAUGAUGCAGUGCGAGUUCCACUCGACCCGAAGCUUCCAGAUGUUUGAAAACGACAUCAUCACCAAGCUGGAUCAUGAGGUGGAAGGAGGCAGAGGAGAUGAGCAGUACAAGGUGUUAUUUGAUAAAAUCCUCCUGGAACACUGCAGGAAGCACAAAUACCUCGCCAAAACGGGAGAAACUUUUGUAAAACUUGUUGUGCGCCUGAUGGAAAGACUUUUGGAUUAUAGAACCAUCAUGCACGAUGAGAACAAAGAAAACAGGAUGAGCUGUACUGUCAACGUGCUGAAUUUCUACAAAGAAAUUGAAAGAGAAGAAAUGUAUAUAAGGUAUUUGUACAAGCUGUGUGACCUGCACAAAGAGUGUGAUAACUACACUGAAGCUGCUUACACUCUGCUUCUCCAUGCAAAGCUUCUGAAGUGGUCGGAGGAUGUGUGCGUGGCCCACCUCACCCAGCGGGACGGGUACCAGGCAACAACUCAAGGGCAGCUGAAAGAGCAGCUCUACCAAGAAAUCAUCCACUACUUCGACAAAGGCAAGAUGUGGGAAGAGGCCAUUGCUCUGGGCAAGGAACUUGCUGAACAGUAUGAAAAUGAAAUGUUUGAUUAUGAACAACUCAGUGAAUUGCUGAAAAAACAGGCUCAAUUUUAUGAGAACAUUGUCAAAGUGGUAAGACCCAAGCCUGACUAUUUUGCCGUUGGCUACUACGGACAAGGGUUCCCCACGUUCCUUCGGGGCAAAGUUUUCAUUUACCGAGGAAAAGAGUAUGAACGCAGGGAAGACUUUGAAGCUCGGCUUUUAACUCAGUUUCCCAACGCCGAGAAAAUGAAGACGACAUCUCCGCCAGGCGACGAGAUUAAAACCUCUCCCGGCCAGUAUAUUCAGUGCUUCACAGUAAAGCCCAAACUCGAUUUGCCCCCGAAAUUCCACAGGCCUGUGUCAGAGCAGAUUGUAAGUUUUUACAGGGUGAACGAAGUCCAGCGAUUUGAAUAUUCUCGGCCAAUCCGCAAGGGAGAGAAAAACCCAGACAAUGAAUUUGCGAAUAUGUGGAUUGAGAGAACCAUAUACACAACUGCGUAUAAAUUACCUGGGAUUUUAAGGUGGUUUGAAGUCAAGUCUGUUUUCAUGGUGGAAAUCAGCCCCCUGGAGAACGCCAUCGAGACCAUGCAGCUGACCAACGACAGGAUGGCCAGCAUGGUGCAGCAGCACCUGGAUGACCCCGGCCUGCCCAUCAACCCCCUGUCCAUGCUCCUGAGCGGCAUCGUGGACCCCGCCGUCAUGGGCGGCUUCGCAAACUACGAAAAGGCCUUCUUUACAGAGCGGUACCUACAGGAGCACCCUGAGGCCCACGAGAAGAUCGAGAAGCUCAAGGACCUGAUUGCGUGGCAGAUUCCGUUUUUGGCCGAAGGGAUCAGGAUUCAUGGAGACAAAGUUACUGAAGCCUUGAGGCCGUUUCAUGAGAGAAUGGAAGCCUGUUUCAAACAGCUAAGGGAAAAAGUAGAAAAGCAGUAUGGUGUGCGAAUCAUGCCCUCAAGUCUGGAUGACAGAAGGGGCAGCCGUCCCCGGUCCAUGGUCCGGUCCUUCACGAUGCCUGCCUCCCCCCGGCCCCUGUCUGUGGCGUCCGUCUCAUCCCUGUCAUCCGACAGCACCCCUUCUAGGCCAGGCUCUGAUGGGUUUGCUCUGGAGCCUCUCCUGCCAAAGAAAAUGCACUCCAGGUCCCAGGACAAACUGGACAAGGACGACCCAGAGAAGGAGAAGAAGGAGAAGAAGAAGGAAAAGAGGAACAGCAAACAUCAGGAGAUAUUCGAUAAGGAAUUCAAACCCACCGACGUUCCCCUGCAGCAGUCUGAGGCCGUGAUCCUCUCAGAAACGAUAAGUCCCCUGCGGCCCCAGAGACCAAAAAGCCAGGUGAUCAACGUCAUCAGCAGUGAAAGGCGUUUCUCAGUGUCCCCAUCCCCGUCCUCCCAGACGACGCCCCCUCCGGUCACGCCGAGGGCCAAACUCAGCUUCAGUCUGCAGCCCAGUCUGGAGCUGAAUGGCAUGCCCGGGAUGGACGUGGCCGAGGUCCCGCCUCCUCUGCCUCUCAAAGGCAGCAUGGCAGACUACGGGAAACUGAUGGAGAACCAGGACUUGAUGGGCUCACCGGUGCCCCCGCCCCCUCCUCCCCACCAGAGGCAUCUGCGGCCUCCACUGCCCAGCAAGACUCCGCCUCCUCCCCCGCCAAAGACAACGCGCAAGCAGACAUCAGUGGACUCUGGGAUUGUGCAGUGAGAGCAGCAGGGCCUCCUAGAAAGAGCGAGCUGGCAUCUUUCCCCCGCCUCCAUACCUUCUUCGUGUCCGGCGUCUGUUUGUCUUAUCAGGCCCAUGGCAUCUGACAUGUCGUGCAGUUGCUUUUCCUUAGCGGGAGGUCAUUUUCAGCCAUGGAGUGAGUGGCCUUUCACAUGGGAGCCAGGUGGACACAGGUCUGGAAAAUACUGUUGUGGGACUCCAGGGGAUGUCCUUCCUAAGAGAGCCUAAGUCUUGCCCCAAAGUCCUUUCUGUGCCAAAUGACACAUUAGCAAAGAGCAUGGUUGACCUGAGUGUAGCCUCGUGGGAAAGGUCAGACAGACCAUCGUGUGCAAGGAACCGUAUAGUAACUGAGCUUAGCAAUCUUCUCUGCUCUCCGGGCCAGACCCUCUGUUUUAUCAAACCCUCCUCACUACGACUGGUGGUGUGACUUCACUGGUUCAGUGUAUCUUCAGCCUACAUCAGACAAUUGAGGUCAGCGCUUUCAGGGAAGUUCCUCAUUCCCUUUGGUAUAAUUUAAAAUAGGACAUUUCUCAGCUACUGAACAAUUACUAAUUUAUGGAAUGGAAACACCAUUAAAAAUACUGGAUCAAGUGGAAAAAUAAAUAUGAGUAUAGGAAGAUACAUUUUCUUUCUUUUUAAAAAAAGACUAUGUAUACCACAGGAGAUGGUUUUAAUUGCGUGAGUUCUUUUUGUCCUCAUUCUGUACAGAAGUUUGUAUAUAUGAUGGUUCUUAGAACAUGUUCUAAUUCUUGUGGUCCUUCUGUUUAUUGUAAUAGACGUACGCAAAUGAUUCUCAAUAUGUGUUCUUAGUUUUUAACUGCUGGAAGUGUAAAAAAAUGCAAAUUAAGUUUUGUGGGGUUUUUUUUUCAAAACUCAAGUUGAUGGACAAUGAUUUUUUAAAAACUAACUUUGUGUAACCUAAUAUUUUUAUUCUGUCAUCUAUAUUUUUUUAUUCACUAUAAUCAUGAUACUCUUCUAGUAGGCUCAAAAGUUAAUCAUUGACAACAAAAAAAUAAAAGGCUAUUUAAAAAGA